UCGUCCUGGUGAGAAGAGGCCCGUUCUGUGUCCUCCUUCAGUCUGUUUGGAGGUUGACCGUCGAGCUGGAGAUGUCCAUCGCUCUAUUGAGUCGGCAGUGAAUCUAUAUCACUCCCUUGAACCCCCUUUCCAGGUGGCGCCCCUUCGCACGCUCGAGAAGCGCUGCGGUUCCUGAUCCUUAAUUUCUACUGCUUAAUUUCUGCGGAUUUGGCUCUCUCGUUCUACAUCCCAUACACCGGGAUCUCUUAAAUCCAAAUUAUCGCGUCUUGGGGAAUCGCAACUGCUACAGCGGGUCCUCAAUCACCACCACCCCCGACAUAACUACUUAGAUAUUCGCGUGUGAGCCGACGUUCACCAUGGCUCCUUCAUUAAGGGACCACCCUUCCUUUGUUCGUCCAUCGACGCGUGAUCGGCCUUCGACCAGAGACCAGGACAACUCUCUGAUUAUCCCCAGUCGUACAUCGUCGCUCCACUCUCGCAUCACGCAGCCGAUUCCUUCGACUCUGAAUAUUAAGCCUGCCCAGCGGACCCCCAAAACCCUUACCCAUGCCUACAUGGUCUGUGGUGUUGGCCGGGAGCCGUCCCAAUGGGUGAAGGCUCCCCCGCCAGCACAGGGAAAGAUUCAGCACAUGAAAGGCGCCGUGGGCCAAUUCUGGCUUCCAGAAAUCUUGGGAAGCAGUCCUAGACUCGAGCAGGACAACGAGAUUGCUAGAGCUCUGCACUCUGCCAUGCGGGCGUGCUUCCCCCAUGAUGUCGAAAUCUGCACUGGAAAGACCCAGCCGCACUGUGUGCACCAUGCGUUUGUUUUGCAACAGGAUUCUUCCCACACACUCUACGGUAUUGCUCUCCGUGUGUGGUCGCGGGCCGAUGAGAAACGCGCGGAGACCAUCCGCGAGCUGCGCAAGAAGACGGAGCCCGAUUUCUACGACAGCGCCGAUGAGACCUAUUGGAUUCCGUACUGUCUGAGUUUCCUCUCUCGCUAUCCUCUCUACAACCUGCUGGGUGAUUACCUUCGUGGCAUGUGGAUCCACUGGAAUAAGGCUACCAACCUCUUCCAUGCGGAGGAGGUCUCUCGUAUCCUGAGUUUCCCUGCCCCUCGUCUCAACGACCUUGUGCGGAUCGAUAUGAAAGACUAUGCACUGUGCUACCAGUUCCCAUCUUCGCCUACAGGCUUCCAGAACUUUGCUAUGUGGCCGUUGUUUACCUGCUUGUCGGUCCCUAACAUCGUAGGCGUGAUUGAAGCGGCAGUUUCCCCGACCCGCCGUAUUAUCUUCGUCAGUCAUUACCCAGCGAUGCUUACUGUUGCCGCUGAAACGAUCCGGUUCUGCGUGCGAGUAUACGAAUGGAGCGGUCUCUACGUCCCAGUGGUCCACGCCCGUCACGCAAAAGACCUUGUCCAGGAGCCUGGACCAUACAUCCUCGGUGUCACCUCGGAAUGCCGGACGCUCUUCACUGCCCCUUCGGAUGCGCUCGUCGUCGACUUGGACCGAAACUUCGUGUUGACCUCCAGUCCUCCCAAUAUUCUGACUCCCGGCCAGAGGACCAAGAUGAUCAACAGACUCACCCAGGCUCUGAACGGUGAUGUUCAACCUACCGGUGUCCCUCAGCAUCUUCGAUCUGCCUACGGUGGAGGCAAGCUGAUCCCCGCCGGUCAAAUCAUUGUUAUGAGGGGAGAGGUUGAGAGUAUUCAGGAUCCAGAGUGGUGGAACCAGGACUCUGUGAUGAGUGUCAUGGACCAUGUCUGCGAGAAGUUGGGCCGUAACACCGGUAUGAAGGCAAUCUUCGGAGGCUCCGUCAAGAAGCCACUCAUGACCAAGGUCUCCAUGAGACACCUCAAUGAAAUCGUCAGAGAGCGCAACCAGUACUCUAGAGAUGCCAUGGAGGCCUGGCAGGACUUCAUUAACCUCAAGGGAAGGAUGGAUACCGAACUGGCCAAGGUCGCCAAGCGCAACAACUUCCUUGUCGAAGAAUUGGAGAGCUGGAAGCAGCAGUUCCUCAAAUUCCAGGCCUUUGCUGAGCAGCUCACGAAGGAAACAUCUGAGCUCAAGGUCAAGAUUGAGAGUCACAAGCGUGAGAACCGCCGCCUUUCAACUCUCAUUGACCAGCAGAAGGACGACGCCGCUCGUCUCACGCUCCGUCUCUCUGGCACUGAGAAGCAGAGGGAUGACGCUCUCGAGGCUCUUGUUUUGCAACAAGAGAUUGCCGAGGAGCUUGAGCGCGAGAGGAAGCGCAACCAAAAGGAACUCGCCGCUCUGCAGAACACCAACAGUGCACUGGCUCGCCAGCGUGAUGAGGCUGUCCGUGUCGUCGUGCAUCUGCGCAGUCUCAUCAGCGGUCAGACUCAUCAUGUGGAGCACUUGAUUCGCUCGAUUGGCAGCGCACCGGAACUCUCUGACUACGCUGAACGCGUCGAGUCGCCUGAACAGACGGAAGAAGGACAGUCGCAAUCCAGAAGAGGAAGCAGGGAGAUCCUCGCUCGGAAAGCAAGUGCCUCCCGCCUGAGCACCUACCGUCGUUCGAUGGCCUCUCGCCGCUCGAGUCGCAUCCUCGGAGGUGAUGCGAACGCAGACAUGGAGAGCAAUUCUAGCACCGACAAGGACAACCGUCUCUCGCGGCUCAGCAUGUCCGACGUUGCGGACCGUUACUUGAGGGACAAGACUGAUGCCAUUGCGGACAUCAUCCGUAACAUCAGCGACCAGUGUGCUGCUGCUGUCGAAGGGCUCCAUCUUGCUCAAGGUGCUGAGGAGAUGGAUGACCUUGACGACAUGGAGAACCAGGGACAGGAUGGAAGCACUGUCGCACCUUCGGAUGAUGGCCGUGCCCAGUCUACCCGUGACGGAAGUGAACUGGGUGAAGGUGAGAGCAGCUUUCUGAACGCGGACAGCCGAAACAGCAUCCCGCCAACCCCGGACCUGGUGCACAAUCGUUCCAGCACCUCGAUGUCGAUGGUAAGCAGCUCUACUAUCCCGGAGCGCUCUAGCCAGCAAUAUGGCCCCGGCGACAUCCCAACCAAGAUCGUUGAGGAUGAUGACGAGACUGCUCAUGAGACCGACGGUAUGGAUGACCGUACCGAGACUGGAACAGUUUCCAAGCAGGCUAGCCAGGACCUGAUGCGGCCUAAUACGACCCGUGUCGUGGCGUAGGUUAUAUACUCAGACGACCAUGCUUCGGCUUCGAUGAUAUGCACGAUAUCUGCUCUUGCGGAAUAGUACAGU